CCGUCCUUGAUGGCCCUUGCUGCGGCGGCGCAGCCGCUGCUAGUACCCGACGACAUCCUGGCAUGCGUCCUCGGCCACCUCGCGCCGCGCAGCCUCGCCGCGUGCCGUUGCGUCUGCAAAAGCUGGCGCGCUGUCAUCGACGACCGCCGCCUGCUGCGGGCAGACCUCCUCCCGCUCUCGCUCCAUGGGAUCUUCUUCAUGGAGCAGCUCAAUCCGACUCCCCCGAAAUUCUUCGGAAGUCCGUUGAUACAGCGCAAGAUCUCCGCAGGCUUGACUACUUGGACACGGACUUCGCCGGUCAUUUGUCUAUCAAGGAUCACUGUAACGGCCUUCUCUUGCUCUGGGAUCAAGUCGUCGUUAAUCCGGCGACACGGCAAUGGGUGCGUCGGGAUGGAGGACUUAGGCGUCGACAUGUGCCUAGCUUUUGACCCCACCGUCUCGACGCACUAUGAGGUGCUUCUCCUUCCUUACGUUCCUCGCAUGCUUGAGCACGACAAUGUUCGCCAAGGAAUCGGCAUGGCCGCCCUCUCCGUAUGCAAUACGUGUCUUCUCUUCAAGGACAUGGCAAUGGGAGGAGAAGUUGUUGGUCCAGAGAGGGGAGGCUGCUGGGACCAUCGCCGACAUGCAGUCAGAUUGGCAGCCAGAGCAUCGCUACACCGUCUACUGGCAAGGAGCGCUUUAUGUCAUUAUGUGCAUUGUCAAAAUGACUUUAUCAUGCGCAUAACCUUAUCCCAUGGAGAGUAUGAAGUGAUCAAAUCGCCAACAGGCAGUAAAACCAAGCGUGCUGAUCUUUAUCUAGGGAAAUCAAAGAAGGGGGUUUAUUGUGCUUUAGUUCGUAAUUGCAGGUCAUACCGACUUCGGGUUUGGUUGCUUACCGAAGUAUGUGGUAAAAUGAAGUGGCGAGUGAAGAUUGACAUAAGCCUUUUGUCGGUGGUAGCAAAAUUUUCUUGGAUCUCCCGUGUUGAAAACUCUGGGCCGUGGAUCUUUCAUGAAGGGAAUUGCAAUAGAGAUGGUGAAGAAGCACUAGUGGAAGAUAAACUUGAAUGGGACUUUGACAAGGCUACUGUUCUUGAGGGCGUAGAUAAUGCUGAAAGUGAGUAUAUGCAUGGAGAUAUUUAUUUCCUUGGGUUCCAUCCAUACAAAGAGAUUGCCUUCUUGUGGGUAUCAAGAACAAGAGUGGUUGCUUAUCAUUUAUGUAGCUCGAAUGUUCAAGAUUUGGACGAGUUAUGUCUACAAAGUGUAGGAGAUUCUUUUCCAUACGCACCAUGUUGGACAGGAGAGUUAUUUGAAAAUAAUUGA